UGAAUGAAUGAAUGAAUGAAUGGCAGGUUGAAAGCGCAGCUUAGUCCAGAGUUGGCGAGUUUUGAUUACACAGCAUUUAACUUUGUUUGAAAAGCCAUUUGAAAAAAUUGUUCAAUUUGACUAGCAUGAUGGAGGAUUCGCUAGUACGUCUGACAUUGAGCUUGGUUUUCUUGAGCACAAUUUAUGAUGCGGCUACUGCACAAGUUGAUGCUAGACGUGGUGACACUGAUGUUGAGGGGUUAGGCGUUGCACCGGGCACCACACCUCACCCUGAGACCGAAAUACAGCUUGAUUAUGACCAGUUUGUCUACAAUCCACAUAUAGUAAUCAACCCGCCCAAGUUCAGUACUCCUUUGGUCCCUAAAGCCUGCUGCAACUGUUCAACUUUCCGAGAAAUUGUCUCCGCUGAGACAGCCAGGCUUGAAGAGACGUACCGCCGUCUUCGGGAUGACACCAGGAUCCAACUACAACAACUUCAAGCAGCAAUGACGGAUCUUGCUGAUAUUCUUAGGAGUUUGCCAGAAACGAAUAUAACACCCCCGUCACUUCUUCCGCAGUCUUUGGAUCACACCAAGACAACAGCAUCAGAAAUGGAACACACAACAUCUACCACAGUCUGGGAAACAACAACUCAACCACCGCCACCACCAGUCACUACAUUACCCAAACGAGUUACGACAUCUCAGACGACAACAUCACCAAGAAAAGCACAAACAACGAAGGCAACAUCAAAACCAACAACUCAACCAGAACCGACAACAUCGUCUACUGCUUCAACUUCAAAAGCAACAACUGUGGCCAUUUUCAAGGAUUGUUCUGAUGCCUUAGCUAUGGGUGUGACAAGUAGUGGCGUUUACAAAGUGAAGCCCCUAGACGGCGGAGCAGACAUUGAGGUGUACUGCGAUAUGAACACUGACGGCGGUGGAUGGACGGUGUUUCAGCGUCGUAAGGACGGCUCAGUUGAUUUCUACCGCGACUUUGAUAGUUAUCGCCAAGGCUUCGGUGAUGUAGACGGUGAGUUCUGGCUGGGUAAUGAUAAUCUACAUCGACUGACCUCUCAAGAUGACUACAUACUACGAGUUGAUCUCACAGACUUCCAGGGCAACUCUGUUUAUGCUGUCUACAGUUCGUUCCGUGUUGCCGACUUGAGUGACAACUAUCGGUUAACUUUGGGCCAGUAUUCAGGAACAGCUGGUGAUUCACUGACCCGUCACAGCAAUAAACCAUUCACAACCAAAGAUCGGGACAACGAUGAGUUCUUAACUGGAAACUGUGCUAGAGUCUACCAUGGGGCUUGGUGGUACGAGCGUUGUCAUCAGUCUAACCUGAAUGGUAAUUACCUUGGAGGACCCAACAAUAGAUACGCACAGGGAGUUGUCUGGAGACGUUGGAAAGGAUACAAUUACUCCCUCAAGACGUCUGAGAUGAAAUUCAGAAAGAAAACAAAUUAAAGGCCAUGAUUAAUUAACAGCUGGCAUUAUUGCAUGUGUUUAAGUGCUGCACUGUGCUUCUAGUGUAAGGAAGUUGUUCAAGUGGCUACCCUAUAUAGAACCGAUUUCGUUGCAUUGCUAACAGAUCACUCGUCAUCUUCAACAGGAUUGCCGUGAACGUUGCGCUCACACGAAGAGCAUACUCAUUUUUAGAGGUCGUGUUUUCUUAAAGAAAAUGGAAACAGCAGAAAUCUUUACUUAGAAUCAAUAAACAAACAUACAAAAUGAUAGCUUCUGUAUAUUGUCGCAACUAUUCUUCGUAACAUUUUCUAGGCUUGGAUAAACCACUGAGAUUGAUCACUGCUUAACUUAACGAAGAAUGAGUGACAUCGGUAGAAUGUAUUUUAAUCAUCAAUACAUAAUCAAAUCAUUUGUAAAUAGUUUUGUUUCUUUAUCUCUUGAAGUAUUGUUUUGUGUAAAAAUUAUCCGCUUUUGAACAAAUUGAUCAUUCUCACUUUUGAUCGUAGUGUAAAUUUUGCCUCUUUCAAAUUCUUAAAAUUGAGAUUUAGAUUGAAAAGUUUAAUUUAGAUUUAGAUUGAAACGUUUAAAAUCACAAGACAAAUCAUUCCAUUUUAGAACAUGGGGAGGACUAUUUCGCUGUUUUAGGGCUUUAAUCAGAAUGUAAGCAGAGAUUAAAUUGUAUGCGAUAUCACCUCUGCUAAUAAGUUGUGUUUAAUACUGGAUCAUUACUACUACUAAUUAAUUAAUUAAUUAAUUAAUUGAUUGAUACUUGAUCAAUUAUUAUUGAGGGAGAGAGCGCUAACUGCAGUUGCUUACUUUACAGCAACCUUGCAUACUUAACUCUCACGUUCCCAAUGGUGACAGAUGGCAACCAAAGGUAACCUAAAUUCGAUGGAUUUUUACAUUGUUUGUCCCUGAAUGAGGAAGCACAUAGAGCGUGUUUCCAUGGUUUUGUUUAAUGUCACAGCUCUCAAUUUACCACGCAGAAUCAUGCGUAAAACUCCCACAAAAGGGCACUUUAAACAGCUAGUCCUCGCAAAAACAUUGUGUGAUCUUUUCUCAAUAGAACUAUAAACGCUCUGUGCAAAUUAUUAUUAGCAGCGUAUUUUUAUUGAGCUAGUUUCUCACUGGUAUACUUUCUCUCAAGUUUCCACAAAUCCCAAUAUAUGAGAACGUAUCUCCUGAAUAAAUUUGAUUCGGUUGUUCUCUCAA